ACCCCAAUCAUUCCACCACCACCACCGCGGUAAAAGUUAAAAAGGGUCGCUCGACGCACCGGGGCUUGGCAUCCCCCUCCGUGAUCCUCCACGGCGAUUCUUUCUCCUUUGUUCUGUCCUGUUUCGCUGCCCUUUCCUUCGACCUCAAAAGGCGAGAGGAGGGAGGGAGCCAUCCAACCGAAAGCUUGAGCUACGUGAAAGCCUUUUUUUUCCGUACUGUGCGUGCUGCAUGCCUAAGCCUUUUAGCCAUUGGUGCUCUACUGCUGAGCUUGUUCUAGCCGCAUGUGAUCAUCCACUGGAUUCAGUGCAAAUUUAAUGUCCCAGGAAGAAUUAGACGACGCUAUGAUUUACAAGCUGUCUUCAUGCUCCUCUCACCCAUACCACGGUCUGCUUGUCCUGUUAAGGGUAAGGGUAAUGUCCAGCCCCCGUUAGAGUCUUGCAUAAGCGCGAGGCUGCUGUAGAUUGCUUUUCCCUUCUCAGGCAAAGGGUCUCCAUUUUGCCGGAGAAAGAAGAACAAAUAUCACUCUUCUUUAGGAUCUCUUCUCACUCUGUCUCCAACUAGCGUUGCCGGAGAUGAAGUUGACGAUGUGUUGUUGGUAGGAGAAGUCCGAUUCGAGAAGGGAAGACCGGAACCCUGGCCUCGUUCGGCUUUUUCUCAGGUUAUUUCUGUUUGUGUGGCUUGGAGAUCAGGUUUUGUCUCGAUCAAUGGCCGUAGAUCCCGAGAUGCAUGACGAGUUGCCGGAGAAGCCCCUCAGGAGGCAGCUUGCCGCUACAGUUAGGACGAUCCAGUGGAGCUAUGCAAUCUUUUGGUCUACCUCCACCAGGCAACCAGGUGUGUUGUCAUGGAGUGAUGGAUACUACAAUGGUGAUAUAAAGACGAGGAAGACAACUCAAUCUGUAGAACUUAAAGCAGAUCAAAUGGGUCUUCAGAGGAGCGAGCAACUGAGAGAACUGUAUGAAUCACUCUCAGCAGGCGACAGUAAUCAGCAGAUGAGAAGGCCCUGUGCUUCAUUGUCUCCAGAGGAUCUCACCCACACCGAGUGGUAUUACUUGGUUUGCAUGUCCUUCACAUUCACUCCCGGACAAGGAUUGCCCGGUAAAGCCUUCGCCAACAACCAGCACGAAUGGUUGAGCAACGCUCAGUUUGCCGACAGCAGGAUCUUCUCGCGCUCUCUUCUAGCAAAGAGUGCAUCCAUUCAGACAGUGGCAUGCAUCCCUUUCAUGGGUGGAGUACUAGAGUUGGGUACAACUGAAUCUAUCUUGGAAGAUGCUGCCGUCGUGACGCAGAUUACGAGUUUCUUCUGGGAGCUACCAUGUCCUGUCCGCUCCGAGCAAUCCAUGUCCAGUCCUCAAAUGGCUGAUGAUGAUGACGACGACGACGAUGAUGAUGUUGAUGAUGUAGGCAACCCCAUGGCCUUGGAGGACCAUAAUUUGAUUACUGAUCACCCGAUACGAUGCCCAUUUGCUCUUCAUUCGUUUCCACCUUCUGAACAAAGAGAAGCAGUCCAUGACAAGGCCGAAGAGGUGCACACCGAUCAUCUCUGUGAUUGUUCUCCCGGUGACAGUUUCCACAGUCAGCAGCUCGAAGAUAUGCUUGAAAUCGACGGGCUAAAUUGCGUAUCGCAGACUCAGAACCGGCAGUUCAGAGACGAUGAGCUCAUCUCUCUGAACUCGAACGAGUACGCAUCGAUGUCCGUCGUCCGUGCCAAGAGGGUUGCCACUUCUGACACGGGGGAGCGAACGAGACAUCCGAUGCUGGGUAAUUCUAAGCAUGUUUUACUGGAUCUUGAUGCUGGUGAUUCACACUAUGCAAACACAGUGGCCACCAUUUUACGCAGCUCGAAGCCAGUGAGAUCAGUUUCAUGCUUCCUGAAGAUCUCUCGUAAGUCCAGUUUUAUGGUGUGGAGAAGAGGGAUGAGCACUCCGAAACCGUUCACCGGCACGCCGCAGAAGCUGCUGAAGAAGAUGUUGAUGGAUGGAGAAUGGCUUCGCGGUGGCCACCAGCCGAAAUGCCAAGAUGGGAAUGACCCAAAAGCUUGGAGGCCAGGAGAGUCUGGUUCGAACCAUGUCUUAUCAGAGAGGAGGAGCGGAGAGAAGUUGAAUGAGAAGUUCCUGGUUCUGCAAUCACUGAUUCCAUCUGUCACCAAGGUUGACAAGGCAUCCAUCCUGGGCGACACGAUCGAGUACCUGAAAGAUAUGGAGAGAAGAGUGCAGGAGUUGGAGUCCUGCAGGGAGUCAUCGUUGGAGCUCGAUGCCAAGAACAGAAGGAAGCAUCCUGACGUAGCGGAGAGAACAUCCGACAACUACGGCAGCAAGGAGAUGAUGGCGAACGGCAGGAAGAGCUGCAGCAACAAGCGGAAAACAUGCGACGCCGGCGAAACAGAGGCCGAGCACCACUGGGUGUUGUCCAGGGACGGCCCCAUCGACGUCAUCGUGACCAUGAAGGAGGCGGAGGUGGUGGUGGAGAUACACUGCCCGUGGAGGGAAUGCCUGCUGCUCGAGAUCGUCGAGUCCAUCAGCCACUUCCAUUUGGAUCCCCUGUCGGUGCAGUCCUCCACCGUCGACGGCGUCCUUGCACUGACAGUAAAAUCCAAGUUCAGAAGCGCCAUUGUUGCAUCACCGGGAAUGAUCAAGCGAUCGCUUCACAGAGUGAUAGGCAAAUGCCUGUGACGAUCUGAUCCCUGAAACCAGUGGGUCGUUGAGCUCCACAGUGUUAAUUCGAAGCCUCUUCAAAGCUUUAGCUGCUCUGCAGUGUGGUCUUUAGUUUGUGUAGUGUGCUUUAGCUGUAUGCAAUGAUCUAUCGUGGAUGAGCCUUUUGAUA